AUGGCGCAUGAGUUUCUACAAGCAUUCCAAGCGCUAGAUGUCCGCUUAAGAGAUUUUCAAAAAGCGGCUUUAGAAACCUGGGUACAAGAAUAUCGUGGUGAUUUGGGCAUUGCCUUGACCGAUGUGGUCGUUAGUUUUGGUAUUGGUACCAAUUUGACCAAUGAUAUGGGGCAAACACCACUCAAUAUUGUGUUAAAACUGGUGGAGUGUAAUGGUCAAUCGGUGGCGAAAAUUUCAGAUAGUCCCGGAAAAACCAUGACGGAUAACGAUACUUUCUUGGCUUACUUACGACAGGUCUUUGAAAUACCUGAAGUUGUCGAAGCAGUGAAAAUUGAUAUCUGA